AUGUUGAAGAAUAAGGGGAAGGAAUUGUUGUUUGCUCAGUGGUGGCUUUUGUCAUUUGUUUUAUUGAGCUGCAUAAACCACGCCCAUGCUGGUGUGACAAGUGCAUUUGUGCGUCACGAGUGGCCAUCAGUCGAUAUUCCACUUGACAAUGAAGCUUUUGCAGUUCCUAAAGGUUACAACGCACCACAACAAGUGCACAUUACACAGGGUGACUAUGAUGGGAAGGCUAUUAUAAUCUCAUGGGUAACAACUGACAAACCAGGGUCAAACCAAGUCCGAUAUGGAAUGUCAGAUGGAAAGUACGAUUUUACCGCAGAGGCGACGGUGCAAAAUUACACCUUUUACAACUACAAAUCUGGAUAUAUACAUCAGUGUCUUAUAGGUGGUCUUGAGUAUGACACUAAGUAUUACUAUGAGAUUGGGGAUGUCAAUUCAGCCAGGAAGUUUUGGUUUCAAACACCUCCAAAAAUUGGUCCAGACGUUCCUUACAAGUUUGGAAUAAUAGGUGAUCUUGGCCAAACAUUUAAUUCUCUGUCGACCAUUCAGCAUUAUAUGGAGACUGGUGCACAGACUGUGUUAUUUGUUGGAGAUCUUUCUUAUGCUGAUAGAUAUGAAUAUCACGACGUUGGCGUCCGCUGGGAUUCAUGGGGUCGUUUUAUUGAACAAAGUGCUGCAUAUCAGCCAUGGAUGUGGUCAGCCGGAAAUCAUGAAAUAGAGUACAUGCCCCAUAUGGGAGAGAUAAUUCCCUUCAGAAAUUAUCUUCAUAGAUACCCUACACCUUAUCCAUCUAGCAGAAGCAGUAGUCCUCUGUGGUAUGCUGUGAGACGGGCAUCUGCUCAUAUAAUUGUCCUGUCCAGCUAUUCUCCAUUUGUAAAAUAUACACCGCAGUGGAGGUGGCUUGCAGAAGAGUUGAAAAGGGUGGACAGGGAGAAGACUCCUUGGCUUAUCGUUCUGAUGCACGUCCCAAUGUACAAUAGUAAUGAUGCUCAUUUCAUGGAGGGGGAAAGCAUGAGAGUUGUGUUUGAGAGCUGGUUUUGCCACUACAAAGUUGAUAUCAUCUUUGCUGGUCAUGUCCAUGCUUAUGAAAGAUCGUACCGUUUCUCCAACAUACGCUACAAUAUAUCAAGUGGUAGUCCCUUUCCUGCACCUGAUAAAUCGGCUCCUAUCUAUAUAACUGUUGGUGAUGGAGGAAAUCAGGAAGGUCUUGCACAAAGAUUUAAAGAUCCCCAACCCGACUAUUCUGCUUUUCGGGAAGCCAGUUAUGGCCAUUCUUCAUUGGAGAUUAAGAACAGAACACAUGCAAUCUACCAUUGGAACCGAAAUGAUGAUGGCAAAAGAGUACCAACAGAUUCAUUCGUGUUACACAAUCAGUACUGGGGACACAGUCGACGGAGAAGAAAACUGAAGAAAAACCAUCUGUACUCAGUCAUCGUGAAUUUGCCGCGAAGUCAGAGGUUAUGA